AUGCUUUCUCUGCGGCGGGUAGUUACGACGGCGGUCUCCUCUGUUGGGCGCCAAGGUCUUCGAGCUGUACCUGCGAGCACUAGGCUGUACUCUCAAGCCAUUGGACCUUUGGUGUAUGACUUACAUGAACCUGCCCAACCAAAGACAGACAAGAAGAACUCACCCAUUCUGUUCCUUCACGGUCUGUUUGGAUCCAAGAAGAACAACAGAGCUAUCAGCAAAGCUCUGGCUCGAGAUCUAGGAAGAUAUGUAUACGCCCUAGAUCUCAGAAACCACGGUGAAUCACCUCAUGACACACGCCAUGACUACAGUGCCAUGGCUCAGGAUGUAGCCGAGUUCAUUGAGGGUCACGGUCUCAAGGACACAACUCUGAUCGGUCACUCAAUGGGAGCCAAAACUUCCAUGGCACUGGCCCUUCGGUCUCCAGACCUUGUGUCUGAUAUUGUCGCCGUUGACAAUGCCCCCGUGGAUGUCUCACUCAGCAGAGAUUUCCCCAAGUACGUCCGCGCCAUGAAGAAGAUCCAGGAAGCCGGUGUCACACGUCAAUCCGAAGCCGACAAGAUCCUCAGCGAGGUUGAGGAGUCUCUGCCUAUCCGACAAUUCCUCCUCGGCAACAUGUACUUGCCCGAAGGUGAGAAGGUGCGCAAGUUCCGCAUUCCUCUUCACACCCUUGGCAAGGCGUUGGACAACCUUGGAGAUUUCCCAUACAAAAACCCCAACGAGAUCCGUUUUGAGAAACCAGCCUUGUUCGUUCGAGGUACAAAGAGUAAAUAUGUGCCUGAUGACGUACUGCCUCUGAUUGGACAAUUCUUCCCCAAGUUCCGACUCGUCGACGUCGAUGCUGGUCACUGGCUCAUCUCGGAACAGCCUGAAGCGUUCAGACAAGCGGUGGUUGAGUUUCUUCAGAAGCCCGAGUGA